AUGGCAUUUGCCCAGCAACACCGCCCACAGGCCGCUCGAGUACCAUCCUUCCUUGCGCCUGAGCCUGCUGCCGUUGUCGCAACCAGCCCCCAGCAGCUGAAGCGACGUCUCGAGGAGUCGGAAGAAUGGGUUCUCUUCUCGCCAGCAGCACCUUCCACGACCGCGCGCACACACACCACCUCAACUGAACGUACACCACGGACGGCUGGCCUGUCGCGCUUCAGUGAAUUCGGCUCGCUCGACACUGCAGCACGCUCAGACCAGGAUGACGACAACGGCACCUUCCUUGGUACAGAGGAGGAGCUUGACAGCCUUGAUGACGGGCUUCACGCCUUCCACGAACCGUCCGAUCAUGGGCUGCCCGCCAGCAGAUUACAGGAGAGUGGCGACACCGUACUGCCGAAUCACGAUGGGCUGGGCUCCUUCCAGCCCGAUGCCACCAUGCAGGAGCACAUGUGGCAGUUCGAACGCUCUCCACGCAAACGCGCUGCGAGGCGGCGGUCGAGUGUGCAGCGACACUUCACAAUACUAGACGAGACGGACGACAUCUCCCAGGAGCAGGAACGACGGCAACGCAUAGAGAACUGGCGGUUAGAGCAGAGCAAAGCUGUGCUUGAGGAGAUUGAACGAGAGACUAGAAGGAUACGGCGCAUGAGUCUGGCUGCAUCUACACGCAUUACGAGCGAGCAGAGUGACGGCUCAGAUGAAGGCACAGAAAACAUGUCCUUUUGGCAACGUCUUACCACUCGCGUCAUUCGAGAUCUUAUCGGUCUUGACAACGAUACACUUUCUGUCAUUUUCGGCGAGAGUCUACCUGAGGAUGCCAUGACACCUACAGGGGGUUCCUUGUCGACGUCACCAGCAGACCGCGUUCUACGAGAUGCGUUCGCAGAUACCUCAGUUUACCCCGAAGAGGACUGGCAGACGCGAGUGCUGGAGCGUGUCGCACAAGAACUCGGAGUUCUGGUACACCAACUUUCCGAACACCCAGGCGCUUUCUCCACAUAUCAGCGCACUCAGGUCGCGCCUGAAUAUGCAGGUAUGACGCAACCUGUUCCGACCGAUCUCGCAUCCUCAGGCCCGACUAGCUCGCAGCCCUCCGACCCCUCUCCAGUUUCGGUCCAAUUCGCGGCCACAUUCCCAAACCAACAGACGUCACAUGGAUACAGCGACGCAUCAUUAUGGGGUAUUGAGGAAGAGCCUGACGAGGCUGAUGCUAUGGACGCGUCUCACCCAGACCCUGCCACAACUGCACGAGCCGUCGCUGAAGAUAUAGCUCGCGAGCGAGAAUACUGGGAGCGCGACCUUGACGUCAAGAUGAUCUUCAACUUUCUUGUAAGACGCUUCACAUCUCGUACUCCGACUCCUACAAGACGAGCCUCUUCCUCUACCUAUACGAGCGACGAGGGUGCGUCUGCUCGCCGCGCGGCCAUGAUUCGCCAGAACCACCCUUUGGCCAGCAGGACGACGGAUAGAGUGCUCCCGACGUCGUCCUCGGGCCAACUCAGGGAGGCAAAGCGUAGGGAGCUGGACACAACGUACCGCACGCACUACAACCCCCAGGCCAGCCUGAGGCCGAAGACAUUGCGGAGCAACUCCAGCUGUGCAAGCCAGAGCACGAAGAAGAGCAAGCGGAGCGGGAACAGUCAGAGGAACUACUGGGACCUUGGCGGCAGCGUGGGCAGUGGCAGCGUUUUUGCCGGCGACUUUUAG